AUGGCAUGGUCAACCUCAACCUCUUCCAAUACUCCUCAACAAAAGCAUGAAGUGUUCCUUAGCUUUAGAGGCGAGGACACACGCUACACCUUCACUAGCCACCUUCAUGCUACUCUAACCAGACUUGACGUCGGAACCUAUAUAGACUACAAUCUCCAACGAGGAGAUGAGAUAUCGUCGGCUCUUCUUAAGGCCAUCGAAGAGGCGAAGCUUUCCGUCGUUGUUUUUUCGAAGAACUACGGAAACUCUAAGUGGUGUUUGGAUGAGCUUGUGAAAAUACUUGAAUGUAAGAAGAAAAAUGGACAAAUUGUUUUGCCUAUUUUUUAUGAUAUAGAAGCUUCUCAUGUACGCAACCAAACAGGAAGUUACGCGGAGGCUUUCGCUAAUCAUGAGAGAAGAUUUCAAGGGAAUAUGCAGAAGGUGCAAAAGUGGAGGGAGGCUUUAAGAGAUGCAGCCAAUCUCUCGGGUUGGGAUUGCUCUGUCAACAGGGUGGAAUCUGAACUUCUUGACAAAAUUGCAAAGGAUGUAAUUGAAAAACUAAAUCGAGUAUACGUUGGAGAUCUAGACUAUCAGAUUGGAAAAUUGGAGCAACUUGCAACGCUGCAAUAUCAAUUCUAUCAUAGCAUUAUUACUGUUGAUAAUCUGAACAAGUAUAAUGCAACUGUUAAACGUAUUACAGAACUUAAAAUGGAGAGAAGUCUUCGCUUGCUUCGCAUGUCACCUGAGAUGCUUUCACAUUUGGGGUAG